AUGUUCAACUGGGCAAAGCAGCAGCUGGCCAACGUCGCCGGCACCCAAGAGCCCAUCUAUGGCCCGUCUGCCAUCAAGUCCGUUGCCCAAGAGGCAAAGGAGACCAACACGCCGUAUAGCGAGCUGACCAGGGCCGACCACACCUGGCUGGCGCUGGACAAGACAUGCGUCGAAAACCAAGUCUUUUACUUCUUUGCUGAGAAUGGCACCAUUGCCAUGGCCCAGGUCAUCUACAGCAACGUUGCCGGCCUCAAAGUUACCUGCCAGUUCAACGCCAAGAUCUUCUCCCGUGAUCCGGCGAAGCCGCACCUGUGGUGUUCGAACCCGCUUAGCAACGUCGCCUUCAACGAGGACAAGACGUCCUUCUACGCCGAUGACUGCGCUGUCGAGCUCUCCGAGGACGGUAACUCUUACACAAUCAAGAGCAUGAACGAUGAGAGGGCGCUUGUCAACCUCAAGGUUACCAGAGCUGCCCCCGGCUUCCAAGCCGGCAAGACGGGUACUUCGUUGUAUGGCACAGAUCUCAAGAACCCUUGGGGCUCGAUGCGCCAUGCAUUCUGGCCGCGCUGCUCAGCUGAGGGUACCAUCACUACCAAGGAGGGCCCAGUGGACCUCAAGGGCCAGGCCAUUUACAUCUACGCUCUGCAGGGCAUGAAGCCGCAUCACGCGGCCGCAAAAUGGAACUUUGCCAACUUCCAGGGCCCCAGCCACACUGCCGUCAUGAUGGAGUUCACCACCCCUCCUUCUUACGGCAACACCGUCGUCAAUGUCGGCGCCCUUGUCAAGGACGGCGAGAUUAUUGCCGUUAGCACCGAGAACAACAAGGUCACGCACAAGGCCUCUAAGAAGGACGCCACCAGCGAUUGGCCUGAGCCCACUCAGGUUGAAUUCUCAUGGUCAGCAUCCACCAAGGACGGCAAGCCUGUCACGGCUGUCAUUGAUGCCGCCCUUGGCGACCGCGUAGACAGGGUUGACGUCAUGGCCGAGGUGCCCGGAUUCGUCAAGACCAUUGUAGCUGCUGCUGCUGGAACGAAGCCUUACAUUUACCAGUUUGCCCCCAAGACCACCUUGAAACUCAAGGUUGGCGAUGAGGAGAUUUCUGAGGAAGGUCAGCUCUUCACAGAGGCCACCUUUAUCUCCGACCUCGCUGCCUCUGGAUAA